AUGGGCAACUGUCUCUGCAGAGCUUCCGAUCCGGAAGAGAACAUCGAUCCCAACCACUUUGUCGACUCAGCCGUCGAUCACAAGGGAGAAGACGAGGCCCCUGUUUUCAUCGUCGCUCCUGUUGAGGAAAUGGUGGAACCCUUAACGGUGACUGUGCAGGAUGAUGAGAUCACGCCGGUCGGACGUGUGGAAGACAUGUCUGCUAUGCCUAUCAAGGCGCAUGUCUAG